CGCAGUAACGGCUUGUCGAGACAGGAGAAUCUCGCCGUAUUCGAGCGGCAGCAUUGAGUGCAAUACUAGCUACGUAAGCAUAGCGGCAUCUGGUGGAUUGUUUGCCCUCAAUCGAGUCAAGGGAGAGAGAAGCGGGUGUAUAAAGACAAAAAAGGGAGGAGACGACCAUGCCGAUUCAAGUACAAACCGACAUACUUGGCAGAGAGUACCUGGCGCGCAAACCCGUACACCGAGAGGAUCCUGUUCUGCCUCGCAGCCGGGCUAUGAAGCCUGUAGCCCACCCCAAACGCAAACCUCUCGUGAAAAGCCGAUUGGCAAUGGUGUCCAAGAGCGAACGCGCCAAGAAACCGCGCCGCCUUCCGAGCGACGAGACUGUCUUCUAUUCGAAUAUCUGGACUCCACCUGAUGUGCCCCCUACAAAGAUGUCUUCGCAACUCGUGGACAUUAGUCAAGUUGCUCAUGUGUUGACGACGAUUGACUACAAGAGUGGCUACGAAGGCUCAACCAAAACAGAGGUCUUCAAUAUUUGGGCGUCGCCCGACAAGACCCAACAGAGUGCCAGCAACCUAUCGACACCCAUUUCCGAGCACAGCAGCGAGGAAGGUUCGUCUGUGGUCACACCGUCCACCAUCCUGAGCCUCGGUCCAUUGCGAAUGGAUGCCGAUACACUCCGACGAGAACUGUCGCUGGAUGAUUUUGCUAAUGUAUUGAGUACUCCAGUCUCCGGACCGGUCAGGAAAGGUGAAAAGGUGGUGUUCUCAAACGUGUUGACGCGCAACGACGAAGUGGACAUGAGCUGGAACUCGCAGUUUUUGCUAGGACUGCACGAGCCUGUCCGUCAUGCUUUAUACGUAAUCGAUCGCUUCUUGGAGCGCAGUCGUGACCAGCAAUCGCCCAUGAAUAUGAAUGUGCGCGAGUUUUUCGGUUGGUUCAAGCUGCACUUCGUCGAGUUCGUACGAAACCAGCACGAGGUCAAGUCGACGGUGCUCCUCCCGCUUGUCGUCAUCAAGUUCGUCGAAAAACGCGAUAUUGUUGCGUUGUAUCAAGCCAUUUACGCACUGAUGGAUGUGAUUAUUGCUCAGGAAGACGACUUGGUAUUCUCCGCUGCGUCGUCCGCAGAUUCGUGGCAAACUCGGCUGGGCAUGCUGCAAGGACGAUAUCCGUCGACUUAAUCAUCUACUCUUUAACGUGCUAUCACUAGAAGAAGAGGCCUUCAAGCCCAGCUAUCGAGCUCGCAUUUUCAGAGAAGGCCUUUCAGCGAUAUGUCAUGCCACGGAUCUUCCGUGCGACCAAGCCGAAGCGUGUAAUGGUACCAUGGAUCGUUGAGCGGAGUCGCGUCUGGGGAGGUGUCAAGGUAGCCAAAGCGUACAAAGGAGACCUGUCAUUUACUGCUCGGUUCCUGUACGACCAUGUGUGGCACCCCUAUUUCGAAACUAAUAUCGCCUCUGCAAUGAAGCACUUGGACAACGAUACGAAAGGCGUGACUGCGAAAGACUCUGAUGAGUCGUGGUUUGGCUGCUCAGUCAUGUAAAACCAUUAAAUGUUGCAGCUUAAGCAGGCUCCAGUUUGCACCGCUCUAUAGAUUAUCUUCCAAGUAUUCAGGUAGAUGCUGCGGCUGGGAAGUAGGCAGGAGCUGGAUAAAAAGCUUUUAUUGAC